AUGAGUGUUAGUUCCGAGACAAAGGUGCUGCUGGAGGCCCAGUAUGACAUCCACGGUCGGAUCUCCCGCACCGUAGACAAUCUGAGGAAGAUGGGCGUGAGCAACAUCACUCGUGAUGCCAUCCAAGCCCGUACCGGCAUCCUGGACAGCCUCUGGCAAAAGAUGGAGACUCAGCAUGAGCUCAUUCGAACAGCGCUGAAAGACAGAUACAAGGAGAGUGAGUACGCUGUAUCUAAUUUCAUUGAAGUCGCGGAGAAUACGUACGUGACGCAACGUAGCACGUUGACUGGCUACGCUGAAAAGCUCAAGGGCGAGCCGUCCGCCGCGCCCAAAAGCGAGCCUAGCCAGGAUCAGGCUCCUAGGACCUCGUUGCCGCGCAUCAAACUCCCGAUGUUUUCGGGAUCCUACGAAGAGUGGCCCUCGUUCCGCGACCUCUUCCUGUCGGUCAUCGGGGAGAAUUCGUCCGUCUCCGACAUCGAGCGCUUCCAUUAUCUCCGGUCUUGCGUCAAAGGGUCCGCUGAAAAAUUAAUCAAAUCGUUGACUGUGACCGGCGACAAUUAUCAGCGCGCGUGGGUGAUUCUGUGCAGACACUUUGAAAACAAGAGAGAGCUCAUUCGCUCGAAUUUCUUCGCGUUUACCUCGGUUUCCAAAAUGAAGUGCGAGUCCGCGGAGGAACUCGGUCGCAUUCACAACGCCGUUACGACCGCCGUAAACGCGCAGGAAAGUAUAGGAAGGCCCAUCGACACUCACGGUAUGGACCUCCUUAACUUCCUGACGAUCGAGCUCUUCGAUUCGCGCACCCGGAUGGAGUGGGAGUCCUCGAUUAGCGACUCCACCGAUCCGCCCGAGCACGACACUCUCACUAACUUCAUCGCCAAGCGUAUUCUCACGCUGAAUGCCGCCAAGCCGAGAGUACCGACAAAGAGCUUUGAAGGUGCGUCGCGAACCGCGAAAGCUCAGCACGCAAGGACCGGUUCCGAACAUUUAAAGUGCGCGCUGUGCCAAGGGAAGCACACGCUUAUGCUGUGUGGUGACUUCAAGGCGAAGACCGCGAGCGACCGUAAGUCCUUCGUAGAACAGAACAGACUGUGCUACAACUGCCUCGGGAAUCACUUGGCCUCAAAGUGUCAGUCUGUCAAAACCUGCCUAACGUGCAAAAACAAGCACCACACUACACUACACGACGCGUACACCCUGGCCACUUCCAACGAGGUUAGUGCCCUGUCUGCGACGCACUCCUCGUCCGAGCGCAAGGCGAUCCUCCUCGCGACAGCCCGCCUGCACAUAGCGGAUCGCGCCGGGGAUCUUCAUCCCGUUCGAGCGAUGCUCGAUCAGGGCUCCGAAGUGUCCAUCGUCUCCGAAGCACUGGUCCAACGUUUAAGGCUUCCCCGCACAAGCUCCUCGGUGUCCAUCAUCGGCAUCGGCGGGGCUCGAUCCGGGUCAACCCGCGGCAGAGUGGCGCUCAGCCUCUCCUCGACGACUACGGGGACCAAGCUCAAGGCCGUCGCUUUCGUGCUACCACGCCUGUCGGCGUAUCAGGGGUCGUCUGUGAGGACCCUCGCCCCCUGGCCUCACAUCCGCGGCCUCGAGCUCGCCGAUCCGCAAUACCAGGAGCACGAUCCGGUCGAGCUGCUGUUGGGUGCGGAGGUCUGCGCCCACAUCCUGGAGGCCGGCCUUCGAAAAGGUGGACCUCACGAGCCGGUCGCCCAGAAAACGGUCCUAGGAUGGAUCCUGUCGGGAGGAUCCAGCUCAGCGCCCUUCCAAGGUCCCCGGAACUCCUUGCAGUGCUCUGUGGACAAAGAGUUGGAUCAGCUCGUACACCGUUUUUGGGAGCAGGAAAGGGAGUCGCCAGCCCCCGUGGCGCUCACGCCGGAGGAAGAGGAGUGCGAGACUCUCUUCACAACCACUCACCGGCGAACGGCGUCCGGACGAUACAUCGUUCGUCUCCCCUUCUCGUCCUCGCCAACGCCGCUCAGCGAUACCCGGAAGCCUGCCGAACGCCUCUUAGCCGCCAUGGACCUCCGGGGCAGAAGAGACCCUGAGUUCGGUGCUCGAUAUCGGGAGUUUAUGCAGGAGUACGAGAACCUGGAACACAUGAGUCCUGUGGAAACAGUCAGCACGGCUGGCUGUUACCUACCUCACCACGGAGUCCUCCGUCAGACUAACUCCGGUACCAAGCUCCGCGUUGUAUUCAACGGGUCGCAACGCACCGCCUCCGGGGACUCUCUCAACCAGCGCUUGAUGGUCGGCGCCAACUUGUUACCGGCCUUAGCUGACGUCCUCCUUCGCUGGCGUCGGCACCGCUUCGUGUUCGUCACGGACAUCGAAAAGAUGUUCAGACAAAUCCUCGUCCACCCAGAGGAUCGCCGCUUCCAGCGGAUACUCUGGCGCACCGGAGCAUCUGAAAAUGCAAGAGAAUACGAGCUUAAUACUGUCACGUAUGGGCUCGCCUGCGCUCCGUUCCUCGCCGUCCGCACGCUCCGCCAACUCGCCAUCGACGAGAAGGCACGGGGUCCGAGGGGAGCGCCCGCUCUACUCCACGACUGUUACAUGGAUGACAUAAUUACCGGGGCUGACUCGUUGCACCACGCCGUUGCACUGCAAACGGAGCUUCGAGAGCUUUGCACGGCGGGCGGGUUUCCACUUCGCAAGUGGGCCGCCAACUUUGAGGCCGUCCUAGAGGGUGUUCCCUCCGACCACCGGCUCCAGCAGGCGCACCACUCCUGGGAGAAUGAGGUACACUCCACGUUGGGCCUGCGCUGGCAUACCGCCUCCGACAACUUCUCUUUCGCGAUCCAGCCCCCGGUCGCUAGCGAGUUCACCAAGAGGCGAGUAUUGGCCGAGACAGCGCGGUUGUUCGACCCCUUAGGAUGGCUCGCCCCUGUCGUUAUCCGCGCCAAGAUCCUCAUCCAGUCGGCGUGGCUGAAGAGACUAGGUUGGGACACUCCGCUCCCAACCGAGGACGCUAAGUCUUGGCAGCGCCUCCUCUCCGAACUCCCUUUGCUGGAGAACCUCCGGAUUAAGCGUUGGCUGGGCGUGGACCACCCGGCCCCGCGGAUCGAGAUCCACGGGUUCGCGGACGCGUCUGAGCGCGGUUUUGCGGCCGUCGUCUAUCUCCGCGUAACCAGUGGCGACGAGACGGCCAUCCACCUCCUAGCUGCAAAAAGCAAGGUUGCGCCUAUUAAACCAGUGUCCCUGCCUCGCUUAGAAUUGUGCGCCGCAGCCCUACUCACCAAUCUGACGUUUCACCUUCGCAAGACCUUAGAAUUGGUUUCAGCUCCGAUAACUCUGUGGUCAGACUCCCGGGUGACGCUCCAGUGGAUCCAGGGACACGCUUCCAGAUGGAAGACCUUCGUCGCUAAUAGGGUGUCCCACAUCCAGGAGAAGCUUCCGGAAGCGCGAUGGCGACACAUCCCGGGACGAGACAACCCCGCCGACUGCGCGUCUCGGGGAGUAGAGCCCCGGGACCUGAUCAGCCACUCCCUCUGGUGGACAGGACCGUCAUGGCUCCCCAAGGACCCAUUGCUCUGGCCACAGAGCGACCACGCCGAGCACGAGGUCGACGUGCCGGAGACGAGAGCCGUCGUCUCCAACCUGACGACCCAGGAGAAGACCGAACCUGAGAUGCUUCUCAGGUUCUCCGACCUCCAUCGCCUCCUAAGAGUUACUGCGUGGUGUUGCCGAUGGCGAGGCAACCCACCGAGCUCCAGGGAGCACCUCCCCCUCGCGCCUGACGAGCUAGAGGCAGCCCUGCUCCGUUGGAUCCGCCUGGUGCAGGCACAUCACUUCCCCAAGGAGAUCGCCGCUCUGAAAAGGGGCAACGCGUCAGUCAAGGGUCAACUGUCGAAACUGACCCCCUUCCUCGACAAUCAUGGCAUUAUUCGAGUCGGGGGCCGGCUGAAGCACGCUGUGCUCUCACCUGAUGAGCGCCAUCCGAUCAUCAUGCCUCCAGAGUCAUGGUUGACUCAGCUCCUCGUCAGGGCACACCACCGGCGAACGCUCCACGGCGGGGUCCAGCUCACUCUUGGACUGCUCCGCCUACGCUUCUGGAUUCCUCGAGGCCGCUCCCUCGUCAAGAGCAUAAUCCACCGGUGUGUGACGUGCGCGAGAUGGAAGGCUGCAGCACCGCAGCCUAUAAUGGGCAAUCUCCCGACGGCACGAGUCACUCCAGCACGCCCGUUUCUGCGCACCGGGAUCGAUUACGCCGGACCGAUCUUGAUACGAACCGCAAAGGGGAGAGGUCACAAGGCGCACAAGGGGUUUAUCGCCGUUUUCGUCUGUCUCGCUACCAAGGCCGUGCACCUGGAGGUCGCGUCAGACUACUCCACCGAAGCCUUUCUCGCUGCGUUCCGGCGAUUCACUUCCCGUCGGGGCCUCUGCGAGGAAGUCUAUUCGGAUUGCGGCACAAAUUUUGUCGGCGCCAAUCGGGAGCUGCGCCUUUUGUUCCAGGCGUCGUCAUCCGACGGCCGGCGCAUCGCUCACAGUGCCGCAUCCGACGGGAUACGGUGGAAGUUCAAUCCGCCGGCGGCACCUCACUUCGGCGGGCUUUGGGAGGCAGCGGUGAAAUCAACCAAACACCAUCUGCGGAGAGUCCUCGGAGACACGACCCUCACCUUCGAGGAAAUGUCUACCUUCCUCGCGCAAGUGGAGGCGUGUCUCAACUCCCGUCCUCUUCAAGCCUUGUCCGACGACCACGACGACAUCACGGCACUCACUCCCGGUCACCUUUUGAUCGGGGCCCCGCUGCUGGCCGUGCCCGAGCCCUCGCUGUCAGACUGCAAUCCAAACCUCUUGGCCCGCUGGAAACUCCUCCAACGGAUGCGCGACCACUUUUGGGAGAGAUGGUCUCGAGAAUUCAUUAACUCACUGGCUUCCCGGCCAAAGUGGCUGAAGGACACCGUCAGCCCCUCCGUAGGCGACCUGUGCCUACUGCGGUCGGACGUCACACCGCCGACCAGAUGGCCACUCGCCCGGAUCGUCCAGCUGCACCCUGGGGGUGACGGCGUGACACGAGUGGUGACAGUGCGCACCGCGUCCUCGGAACUCCUCCGGCCGCUUGCCAAAAUCGUCCUCCUGCCCGGAGCCGACACCACAGCACCAACAACCCCGGUCUCGUGA